CUAGCCGACUACUCGUUCCGUGGCACGAAUAAAGUUUUUCAUUCACGUUCAGUUCAGUUAACUUCGAAACUUUGUCGUGGAAGUACAAAACCAUGUUUGGAAACACGCUUUUCACCGGCUUCUUUUUCGGCGCACUUUUCGCCAUCGCAUCUUGCACAGAUGACUUAAAAGUUGAAGUGUUAUUCAAACCAGAAAUGUGUGAUGUUAAGUCCAAGCAGGGAGAUACGUUGACCAUGCACUACACUGGUACUUUGACCGAUGGUAGUAAAUUUGACUCAAGUUUGGACAGAGACCAGGCCUUCUCCUUCCAACUCGGCGUCGGCCAAGUCAUCAAAGGAUGGGACCAAGGUCUAGUAGACAUGUGCGUAGGAGAGAAACGUAAACUGACCAUUCCACCACACCUCGGAUAUGGCGACAAAGGGGCCGGUAAUGUUAUUCCCGGAAAAGCCACACUCAUCUUCGAAGUAGAAUUAAUCAACAUUAGUGAUGCCAAACCUGCAACGGCUAAUGUCUUCAAAGAAAUCGACAGCAACAAAGACAAUCAGCUAAGUCGUGAGGAAGUAAGAGAUUUUUUGAGCGACUACCUCAAAAAACAAAUGGCAGCCGCCGAUGACGGCGACGUCCCAAGUGAAGAAAUGAAGAACAUGUUAGCAGAUCACGACAAACUAGUAGAAGAAAUCUUCCAACACGAAGAUCAAGACAAGAACGGAUACAUCUCGCAUGCAGAAUUCUCCGGCCCUAAACACGACGAAUUAUAAAACAAGAUAAUACAGAUUUAACACCUAGUGAAUUGUCAUUCCAUAACGAUGCAUUUUUUACCAUGCUCCAUAUUUUUAUACAUCGAGUCAACAAAUUUAACUGUGUAUUUAAGUCGUAGUUACAGUUAUUAGUGCGUUAAUUGUUGGAAAAGGGAAAGUGUCUUAGGUACAGAUUGACAGAAAUAUCUAAAACCGCCAAGGUCAGAACGAUCGGAAACUUUGAUUACGCAACGUUGUCAGGAUUUCAAGGCUUUUCAUCGUAUUUAGUACUUAAUAUUCCAGUUAUGUUUAAUAUUUCAAAUUGUAACGCCACGUUGGGCGCCAUUGUGUAGAGAUUAAGUAUCAUAGGUGAUUGAAAUAUUAUUUUUCAAGAGUAUUUCAAUUAUCUGUGGUAGUUUAUCGCUACAAAAUUAAUAAUAGAUAAUGAAUAUCUUGAUCAAAGAAUGGUCACUUGUAUGUUUCUUAAUGUAACCUAGUGCAAACCUCUGACGUAAAUACCAAAGUCGUACAACGUCGUCACUUUACAGAUACCUACCUUAUCCAACACAAACGCAUUUUAAUUAAUUUUGUUAUAUAAUGUACAUAGUGACUGAAUCUUUUCGGCAAUUUUAUAGUGUACCGGGCAUUUGUUUACAAGAAUAUUUUUAAUUUUGUUCUAUUUUUAUUUUUUGUAAUACUAAGCUAGUUUAUGUAUAUCUAAAAGAUUCAGUCUCAAUAAAAUAAUUCUUUUAGAAGAAUAUAGAUGGCGCUUUUGGGAUAAUAGCUUAGUGGAACUAGGAGCAAAGUAGUAAUCAAAGAAUUAUGAAUUGCCAUCAGUUAGUAUCAUCUUAAAGCCCUAUAUAGUAUGAAAAUAUACUUUCAAUGAAAAGCGUAGUAUGACCUUUGAUACAAUUUCUUUGAUUAUUAUCGCAUCUCUCUUUGCGCUUUCAUUACUGUUUUGCUCUUUGUUCCACCAGGAUUUUAGCCUAGGCAGUUUUUGAAAAUUUUGAAAUUUUGUACCUAUAGGUGUAUAACCAACCAUUUUUUUAGUUUUAUAUAAAAUAAUGUUUAUUUUAAUUCUGUAAGGCUUCAUCCACUUAAAAAUUUAACUGCUUAGAAAGGUAUAACAGCUAGAUGAUAAUCCUCUCACUUUUCUAACUUCUUGUUAUCUACUCUAUUUAUUUAUAUUUAGAAUAUUAGAGAUGCAUUUUAAGUUUUUUAAAUCUGCACAGUUGUUGUUGUCAUUGAUUUUUUACUUCAUAUAUGUUUAUAUUUGUUACAAGAAAUGAUUGUAAUAAAAGUUUUGAUACGAACUUAUGAAA